UCUGUGACUGAACAAUAAAAUUUUUCUUUUCCAGUCCUCUGGAGCGCCCCUUCUUAUCUCUCGCCCCCCUUCUCUUUGCCCACUCACAACACACAAGCCAAAGCAUAUCUCUUCGUGUUAUUGUCUUUCUCUCUCUCAACCCUAGAGAGGUUUCGCCAUGAAGGGAGGUAAAUCCAAGGCCAAAGCUGAUAACAAGCUCUCCGUGAAAAAGAGAGGCGGUGAGACAAAGAAAGCGAAGAAAGCUGCCAAGGAUCCGAACAAGCCGAAGAGGCCUCCGAGUGCUUUCUUCGUGUUCAUGGAGGAGUUCCGCAAGACGUACAAGGAAAAGCAUCCGAACAACAAGUCCGUUGCACAAGUCGGUAAAGCUGGCGGAGACAAAUGGAAACAGCUCUCUGAUGCUGAGAAAGCUCCUUACCAAGCCAAGGCUGAGAAGAGGAAGCAGGAAUACGAGAAGAGCAUGCAAGCCUACAAUAGAAAACAGGCUGGGGAAGCUGCCGAAGAGGAGGAAUCUGACAAGUCAAGGUCAGAGGUGAACGAUGAUGAUGAGGAUGAGGAUGGGAGUGCAGAGGAUGAUGAUGACGACGAUGAUGAGUAAAUGAAAUCGGUGGCACAACUUUGUGUAGGGGGAUCUGAAGAAAUAUGUGAUGAUGACCUUUCCUUUUGGGAUUAGUUUAUAGCAGUUUCUCUUUCCUGUUUUGCUUUCUUUUGUUUUAUGUUUUUUUUUGGGAAGGAGGGUUAGAUGGGAACGGGAAAGAUUUACUCCUUAGUCAAGUGAGAGCCGUUGGGGAAAUCCACUGCUCUGUGUACUUUAUUAUGAUGAUGAUUACGUUUCUUCAAUCCAUUAUGGUUAAUGAUAAUAUCUUAGCUAGGACUUUUUGUCCUUUUUAAAA